AUGAGUUUGCAAACGUCCACGGUAAAAUCGAUCGUUUCGACUCCGUUUUCGAUUAACGACAUCCUAACGAGGUCACGACGCGGGGACAGUGAACGCCGAAGCUCGGUUGAAUCGUCCGGCAACGAGGAAGAGUUGAGUGAGCUGGGUAGAAUGAAGUACUAUAAAAGUGGAUCUUCGAUGGAUCACGGGGAGUUCUACGGAAAACUGAACAUGUCAGCAUACUAUCAUAAUAACAAUAAUAACAACAAUGGGUUCAGUUUGGGAAGUCUGCACCCAUCGUUACGGCGAGGAUCACUGGAUUGUUUUAUGGUUCCUGCGGAACGUUGUGAACAGCGUUUGGGGUCCAGGUGUCACAGUGAGUUGGGUGAUUGCGAUGGGGACCGGUACGAAAAGCCUAGAAGUGAAACAGGCGGUGAGUGCUUUCGGUUAAAGAACGGGCGAAACGACAGUCCCUUGGAUAUGAGACGUGCGGUCGAGAACGAAUCAGAUUGCGACUCGCCAUCACCUUACGGAAAUCACCUUUCGUUACACAAUGGCAUUCUGGCGUCGGACGACCUGCCGGCCGCCACUAGGAAAAAGCGUUCGCGAGCUGCCUUUAGCCAUGCCCAGGUCUUCGAGCUUGAACGUCGUUUUGCCCAGCAGCGCUACCUGUCCGGGCCAGAGCGUUCCGAGCUGGCCAAGAAUUUGCGACUCACCGAGACACAGGUGAAGAUUUGGUUCCAAAAUCGGCGCUACAAAACCAAGCGGAAGCAGAUGCAGCAACACGAGGCGGCAAUGUUGAACGCCACUAAGCGAGUUCCGGUGCAGGUUUUGGUACGGGAGGAUGGCACCUACGGGCCAGCUGCUGCGGCUGCUGCUGUUUUGGCCGGUCAACCACACUACGCUUCCGGACUGGAUCCAGCUCUGCUCAAUGUGUACCGACAUCAGAUUCAAAUGGCCUAUGGGAUGCCGGUACCACCGAUGCCGUUUUCCUACUUCUACCCGGCGUCCAGUAAGCUGCCAUCCUCAAUUCCGGCAAUGGCGGCUGUGGCCGCUGUUGCUUCGAAGCAACCGCUGAAUUUCUCCACUCGGUCACCCCCGGUGGAUCUGAAUGUGGAUCAUCCCCUACAGCCAGCUCACGAGCGUCGUCUGUCACCAGCAGAAAUGCGAAGCGCCAGGAAAAGUGACGAAGAAAUGGCCUAUGCCGAUCGGGAGCGUAAAACCACCGUCGGCGAUUGUGAACGAGAAUCGACCGCGGCAGGUCGGUGCAGCAGCCAACACGACUGCGAAAUGGUUUCCGUGGGGGAAGGUGAGGAGGAAAGUGAAAACGUGGAAAUUGAUUAG